AUGAUUCACCAUGUGGUGACAGUGUUUGCGGUGUCGGCGUUCGUCGGUACACAAAUAAGCCGUGCCUACAACAUUUCUCCCGUACCGAAUGUGAUUUUUACUGAACCACACAAUCAGCAAAACUCUACGAAAAUCCGUAGUUCAUACUUUGGUUUGUCGCUUGUUUUGAAACCGAAUAGUAUAUUCAUCGGAGCGCCGCGAUCACAGUCCACUCUUAGAAAACAUGCAUCCAUAGUUGAAGGAGGUGCAAUCUACAGGUGCGAUAUUCGCACAGGACGUUGUGAUCAGUUUGCGGACUUAGACGGUGGGGGAUUCGAAAGUGGAACCAUCAAGUCAGGCCAGUACCUUGGAGCCAGCAUGGAUGGAUUGACUGAAGGAGAUGAGCUGGUAGGAUGUGCUCCACGCUUGAUCAAAGGCGACGACGAGCGUCAUGCAAUGACGGGGGCUUGCUAUUCUAAAAUAAAUGACACUGUGCAUAACCAGAUGCAGGCGUUUAUUUAUCAAAACUAUGAGCUCGCUUUCGAUACCGCACUCGAGGGUUUUGCGGUGCACAUGCUAAGACAAGAAACUGACGGAAUAGAGAUCGUUACUGGGAUGCCCAACUGUAACUUCACGGGAUCGAUAAUGUUUUAUGAAGGCGAUCUGCGACUCGGUGUUUAUUUAAAUACAGAAAAUCUUACCAAAAAUGGAUAUUUCGGAUAUAGUGUAAACUCUAUGAGGGUACAAGCUACGACAAUUUACCUUGUCAGUGCGCCAAGAGUCAACGAUCAACCAAGCAAAGUGUUCCUUUUCGAAAAAUAUGUAACAUCACAGUGGAUAGCCGAAAUGAAACUUCACAGAGUGAUUAGUGGUGACGAUGCAAAAAUAGACUACUUCGGGUACGCGAUAUGUACCGAGGAUAUUAACGGUGAUGGAUUGAGUGAUGUCCUUAUUGGAGCACCAUUUCAUUCAGAAGAUUUUGUGUCAGAUAAUGGCGUGGUUUUUGUAUAUUUAAAUUUGGGUUUGGAUGCCGAUGGAAUUUUAAAUCUAGAGGAGCCAACCAAACUGUCUUCCGAUUAUGUUGGUAGUGGUCAGUUUGGAUAUUCAAUUGCAGCAACAGGAGACAUCAACGCCGAUGGAUACAAUGAUAUUGCAAUCGGUGCACCAUUCGAUGGGGACGGCGCAGUUUAUAUUUUCCACGGAAGCCCCAACGGACUUCAACGCAAACCUGGACAGAUUUUAAAACCAUCCGACAGCCAAAGUUUUUCGCCGAUGUUUGGUGCUUCGAUUAGUAAAGGUCUGGAUGUGGACAACAAUGCUUACAACGAUAUUGCUAUUGGAGCUCCGGCAGAAGACAAAGUUUAUCUAUUCAAAACAUAUCCGAUCGUUCGAUCCCUUGUUAACGCCACCUUCUCAAAAGCUUUCAUCGUAGUCAGCGAUAAUACUGCUACGAGCGAUUCCGUGGAAGAUGAAGUAAUUCUUGAGAUAUCAUCUCCAAUCACUGUUCAGUUAAAUUAUGAAAUCCUUAACCAGAACGUCACAUCCAAACAAUUUUGUGACCACUGUGUGAUGGAAGCUGAGGAAUCCAAACAGACAAAUCAAAUGGAAAAGAGAAUUAUAUUCAGACCCGAUUGUGAGCGUGAUGUAUGUGCCACUAAUCUUCAAUUACGGGUAUCAUACGCCAACUUUGAGUCCCCUUUUGUGCUGAAUAGCAGCCGGAGUUUGGAACUACAAUACGAAAUCCAGAAUUUUGGUGAAGCUGCCUAUGGAACGGUACUAAAAAUUCAAUUUUUACAAAAUAUCACAUUGCUAAAACACACAGACUACGAAGUGACUACGAACGGUGUAAUUUGUUUAAUCAAUCGUGGACAAGCAGUGAGAGUUGGAUUCAAAUAUUUAAUCAAUCUGGUACUAGAUGCAACUAGGUUAGAAGGUGAGCUGCUGGAGUCGGAGGCGCGAUUGCUAAGUGAAGGAAACGAAACGGUUACCGACGAUAAUGUAAUACUGACCGCAAUUGAACUCAAAAGAGUCAGUACCAUCAAAGCACUAGUAUCGCCCUAUCCACCCUUCGUCAAUUUGGAUGAGAAAAAAUCGACUAUUAAAACCAAAAUCGUUAUCUCUAACGAAGGACCCAGCGAUUUAAGCCAAUCAUUAAUAUAUCUGUUGAUUCCGGUGGGACAACGUGAUACCCAGGAAACAUUUAUGAGUUUGAAUAACGAUAAUUUACAGAUAAUUCAAAACGAUGAAAAUCUAUAUAUAGAUAAUUAUUAUCGAUCAGAUUUUCAAGAGGCUAAUCAAACGCAAUUUUUUAUUGACACCAAUAACAACGCAACCCAACCUCAGUUUUUGCUCAACAAAAAAGGAAAACUUAUCACCUGUAGUGAACGAAACAUUGUUUGCGCUAAUUUUUCAUUUAUGAUAGAUACCCUUCAAGCGAACGGAGAAUCAAUCUGUGACCUUCCCCAAGAAGUGCUGAUAACCACCGUAGGGAGCUUAGUUAUGUACAGAACCAUAACAGUCGUGCCAGUCUGGAUCUACGUAGCUGCGACCGUUGCAGGGUUGACAAUUUUAGCAUUAAUUACGUAUGCUCUUUAUCGGCAACAAUUUUUCACACGGAUGACGACAUUAGAUGUAAACCCGAGCACAACAGUAAAUUCGACACUGCUGAUAGAUGAUUGGGAUAAACCGGGGGCGACGGUUCGUGUCAUCCGGAUGACGUUCCUGUGGGCGAAUCUCAAGACGUCGGUAUGCUCCAGCUGA